UGUGGGAUCCACUCGCUGCGGAGGGAGUGAGCGAGACGGGAAGGAGAAAGAGAGACGGGGAGAGAAUGAGGCUCGCUCGCAAACAGGAUCAGAGGAAGCUGCUUUCUGCUUCUCGCUGGGACUAAAAUAAAACGGCUUUUUUUCAGGUUCUCGGAGAGCUCUGUAGCACCGUGUUAUUAGCGUUUGAUGUACUGUAUUGUGCAGUGUGGUUUUGUCUGUCUGGCUGUCAGACUGUGGUUGCAGGAGGACAUAAAUGACAUAAAAGGACACACACCCCACCUGCUUCCUGUUAAGGCCGUGUUCAUUUCAACAGCAGAACUAGGUGUAAUGAGAAGGCAUAUCGUGAGGAGAUGAUGGACGUUGAGGCGUCAUACUCGGAGUUUAUAAACUGUGAUAGGACGGGUCGCAGGAACGCAGUGCCGGAUAUUAAAGGAGAUGCUGUGGCCGUGGGGGCAGGGGAUCUAACCAAAGACAUGGCUCAGAUGGACCUGAAAGCUGCAGAGGGAGAUGCUUCCGGACCACCAGCCCCUGAAGCAGAGGCAUCUGGCAGCCAGGACAAUCAGGGCAAAGAGGGUCCGUCGUAAACAUGAAGAAUGACCUAGAGGAGAGAAAAGCCAGGGAGUUCUCACCUGUCCUUAUCGCAAACUCUCCUUAUCUUUGCUCAUCGGGCAGCAUUGAAGAGCUCCUCUCAUAGACUGCCUUUAAGGUGGAGGUCCACCCUUUGCGUGCUGUUGAGUGCAUAAGAGACGGGCGACGACACUGCCUUUGCAAACACCACCACACGGGAUGGAUCCUGCUAGUACUGCAUUAAGCGCUGAUGAGGGAAUAUUGUUUUUCUAUCUGAGGUCGAACAGAAGCACAGGAGUUUCGAUAAUUUUCCAUCUUAAACUUUACCUUGAACUGUUCAGUUUGGAUGCGAGUUACUGUUAAGACAAAUCCUCUGAGCUACAGUACACUAUAUCAAGAGUACCAAAUAUAGCCUUUUGUUGAAGUUUGUGAGCUGAUGGCUCAAUUUGACUUGAGUUUUUUUUUUUUAACAAUGACCACUACAGUUGAAGCAGGUCUGUUAUAGAAAGGAAUUCUAAAAUAUUUCCUGAGGUCAGAAGAUUUUUGUUUCUAUACUUCAUUAUAUACUGUAAUACGUAACACUUAACAAUAUUUAUGUAGUAUCUGAGUUAUUGCUUUCUGCUCGUGGCACUGUUGUGGUUUUUGUCAAACUCUGAAACACAGUUCGUUGGAACACAUGGCAUUUAUAUUGUGAUUAUAAAUGUAAGUACCUCAAAAUAAACAGAAAUGACAUCAUGCUUUCAGAGUCGUUAAUGGUUGUAGACUAAAAAUAAAAAGAUUGUGGCAAUGUUUGGUGUUCCUUGGAUAGCACAAAAGCUGAACCCACUCAUGAAACUCUAGAUAUGCUUUCAGUAACCUGAGAAACUACUGUACAGUUCCUAAACAUCUCCAAUGAGCGGCUCUUACAGUAACUCUGUGGUAAAGAAAAAAGGCUUCAAGGGAUUUGAAAUGUAUAUUGAUGCUCAAUGAGUGCAUAUACUGUAUAUAUAGAAUAUGUAGUCUUUUUAAAGUAUCGGAGGUUCUCCAGGGAGUUCGGUCAGUGUGGCAUCUGAGGAACCACAGAUGGUUCCCAACGUUUAUUUUUACAUUAGGAUCAUAGAAUGUACACAUUUUUUGGAUGACACUCAUACAAUCAAUGUAAUUUAUUGGGAUUUUUCCAAUUCUAGAUGUGAAACUGGCUGUUGACUUUCUUAUGGAAUACUAUUCACAGAUUCUGCUCAGGGUGUGACUUCAAAGGAAUUUGCAUUGCAUUUCCCUUUUCUCAAAUUUAGGAAAAGAAUCAUACGAGACAGUCAACUUCAUUCCAGUAAGGUCAAGAUCAUCUUCAUUUAAGUACAGUUUCUUUUACUUGUUUUAGUUAACUUUAUAACCUUCCAGAAGAAUCACACAACACUCAUUUCAGAAGCAAAAUCAUUUGUAUUGAUAGUUGGCUAUAUAGUAAGUUACAAAGCUCAGUUCCUUAUGCAUUGCAACCAUGACCAUUUUUCUUCACUAGUCUGAUUAUUAACUUGCAAUCUUAAUCUAAACCUUUAGAUCGAUGAAACGCAAUUCCUGAGUUAAGUCUAUUGUAAAUGCCCUCUGGUGUUAGAACAAAGGUAGGGCAACAAAGUGGUUAUUAUAGUGUUACCCUAUAGUUUAUAUAAUGUACAUAAAUGCAUACUGUAUAUCACACAAGCACCAAAUAAAACACUAUCAGGUUUAAUGUUUUGGAUUCAUGACGUGGGUCAAACACAUAAGGACAUGUCUAAUAUAUUUAAUAUACUAUGUAAUAUACCAUUUAAUGUAUUCAUAUAGCACCUUUCAUACACAGUCCUGAAUAAUUUUGUACAACUUGGUGCAAAUGUUUUUGCUUAACUUCAUCACAUUAUAAAGCUCUUCUGUUGUUUCUGUGCAUAUAUGGGCCGUUCUACAGUAUUCGUGCAAACUGUUGUCCCACAUAAAAAAAAAACAUUUAAAAAGCAUUCAAGUAUUCAAAUCUUUUAUUCUAUAUUUUAUUUUUAAAUGAUUAAACUAUGUAAAAAAUGUGUCCCGGAUUUUCAUGUCACUACCGAAACGGUGUACGUUUUUUUUUAGUCCAUUGGCUGAGACUGAUUUCCCCUACAUUUUUUUAUCAAGAAUCAUUACUGUCUCUCUCUCUCUCUAAUAGCUACAUGGUGAGUAGAUCGGUCUUAUCAUUUUGAAGUAAAUGUGUUCAAAAGUUUGAAAAUCUGUGUGCAACUUUAAGGAACGUCACUAUCAAACAUCUUUUUUCUGCAUUUAAACAAACUUUUUGGCCAGUAUUCCAGUGUUCAGAACUGUGCUUGCUAAUGUGCUGAUUAGCAUCUUUGAGCUAGGCUCAAAAGUAUCAAAAAAUGGUCACUUCCAAAACAAAAAUUGUUUCGGAAGUGAUAAAAAGGAACACUUAAUCCUUUAUUUGGGGAAAUAAACAGAACUCUGUACAGUUACGCAAAUCAUUAGUGUUUUAGUAGUGAUAUAGUAUGUGAGAUGUAGGUUUUAUAUUAGAUAUUUACUGUCAGAUGUGUGUCUGCUAUAUGUGGUGGCUGCGUAUGUACAACAUAGUUAGUUAUUUGUAUUGACAUAAAAUCUUGAAAGUGAUUCAGCUGUGCAAAUUAAAUAUCGUGAUCACCACCACUACUGAAAAUGUGUGUGUCACGACCGAAACAUGGGAUAUUUUGUCAAAAAUAAAGUAUAUUAAAUGAUCAACUAAGAUGUUAUAAUAGUGUUUGGUUCAAUGUAUAUAUAAACUUUGAACUUUGAAAUCACCUUUUACAAAGAAAGAUUGGAUUCAAAAUUCUGAAGAACUGAAAACAUUACACUUCAAGUAUUGUUAAAAUUAAAAACUUUUUUUUAGAUUUAAACAAAAUCUUACUAUGUAACUAUAAUCCUUCUUAGUAAAUUAUAUAUUAUUGUGUUUUGGUAGUGACAAAAUUUGGGGAGAGGAAGACUAUUCCAAAAUUUUCUGAAAUUACAAUAUGAAAAUUAACUGCACAAUUACUAGAAAUGUGUACCUUUGAUAUUAUACAAUUUGCAUUAAUUACAAUUUUCUGAAGAAAACAAAAUUUUCAAGAUGUUUCCAACUCUGACUUUGCACCAAUUCUGUAGAAUGGCCUAUAUACUGUUGAGAACAUGAAGUAUAGUAGGUUAUAUAUUAUAUGCAUUGGAUCAUAUGCAAUCAAAUACAAUAUAUUUAGAUGAUGGACAUUAAAAUGCAAUGAGAAAAAAUGUCCUUCAAGCUCCAAGACGACAGCAUUUGUUGAAAAAAAAAACAGCAUGCUAAAAUGUAAUAUUAAUGUGACAAAUGCAACUUUUAUGUG